AUGGAAGAAGUAAAAAAUCUUGAUCAGGAAAGCUUCUUAAAUUUUACAAAAUUGCCAGCCUCUCAAUGGGGUGAUCAGUUCCUCAAAUUUUCCAAAGCUGAUUCAGACUUUGAUGUUCUUGAAAGAGAGAUUGAAGUGCUAAAGCCUAAGGUAAGAGAGAACAUAUUCAUGUUGUCUUCCAAAGACAAAGACACAACGAAGAGAACAAUUCAUUCCAUUUAUUUGCUAGAGAGUCUUGGUCUCGCUUAUCAUUUUGACAAGGAGAUCGAAGACAGCUUGAAACAUGCUUUCGAGAAGAUAGAAGAUUUAAUCGCUGAUGAAGAUGAUUUGUACACAAUCUCAAUCAUGUUUCGGGUUUUUAGAACAUAUUGUCAUAAUAUGUUGUCUGAUGUUUUCAAUAGAUUCAAAGGAAAAGAUGGUAAAUUCAAGGAAACUUUAAUACAAGAUGUCAAGGGUAUCCUAAGUCUCUACGAAGCAGUGCAGUUUGGGACAACGACAGAUCAUAUAUUGGAUGAAGCAUCAAGCUUCACACUGAACCACUUGGAGCCACUGGCUACAGGUCGCAAAUCAUGCUCACCACAUAUUUUAAAGCUUAUACGAAAUGCUUUUCACAUACCUCAGCACCGGAACAACCAAGCUUUGGUUGCAAGGGAGUAUAUCUCGUUCUAUGAACACGAAGAAGACCGUGAUGACACACUGCUCAAGCUAGCCAAAGUCAAUUACAAGUUCUUGCAGCUCCAUUACUUCCAAGAAUUAAAAACCAUCACAAUGUGGUGGAGGAACUUAGAACAUACAGCGAACCUCCCACCUAACUUCAGAGAAAGAACCGUAGAGACUUGGUUUUCAGCAUUGUUGAUGUACUUCGAGCCACAAUUUUCACUUGGGAGAAUUAUGUCGGCUAAAAUGUACUUAGUAAUCACAUUUCUAGACGACGCUUGCGAUAUUUAUGGUUCAAUUCCUGAAGUUGAAAGCCUGGUCGACUGUCUGGAAAGAUGGGAUCCGGAUUACAUGGAAAAUCUUCAAGGUCACAUGAAGACUGCCUUCAAAUUUGUGAUGUAUCUUUUUAAAGAGUAUGAAGAAAUAUUGAGGUCACAAGGAAGAUUAUUUGUGCUGGAAAAGAUGAUAGAAGAGUUCAAGAUACUUGCAAGGACAAAUCUCGAACUUGUCAAAUGGGCACGGGCAGGUCAUGUGCCUAGCUUAGAUGAGUUUUUAGAGUCUGGUGGAGCCGAGAUUGCUACAUAUGCAACCAUAGCAUGUUCCAUAAUGGGACUUGGAGAGAUGGGUAGUAAGGAAGAUUUUGACUGGCUGAUAUCUAGACCAAAGCUCGCUCGGACUUUAGGUGCAAAGACCCGUCUCAUGGAUGACAUAGCCGACUUUGAGGAGGAUAUGGAAAAAGGUUACACUGCAAAUGCACUGAACUAUUACAUGAACGAACACGGAGUUACAAAAGAGCAAGCCGUUAGAGAACUUGAAAUGAUAAAUGGAGAUAUGAACAAGAUUUUUAACGAAGAGUGCUUGAAGAUGACCACCAUGCCACACCGAAUUCCUAUGCAAUAUUUCAACUAUGCAAGCUCAUUGGAUGUUCUCUAUACGGCCGAUGAUGUCUACAACAACCGUGAAGGAAAACUCAAGGAAUAUAUGAGCCUUAUGCUCGUAGAUCCCAUACUCCUCUAGAGACUUGGGAUGCAUAAAUUGUUUGUUACUUUUCGUUUUUUAUAUCAGCUAUAUGCAUUUGUGUGCUGUGUGAUUUGCGGUUUUAUUUGAUUUUCAGGGUUGUGUGUUUGAUUAUACUUUUUUACUACAAUAAAAUGUUGAUGUGUUUGUUUUUUCAUAUAUGACACUCUUUCUGUUUGGUCUUA